AUGAGCCGUAUUGCCCAUCGCAUCGUCACCCAAGUUGUCGUUACGGGCGCCCGCGUCUUCGGUCGCGCCUUCGCCGAAGCCUACAAGCAAGCUCAGGCCUCCUCCAAGUACGCUGCCCAGACAGGCAAGAAAGUGGGCGGCGGGGCCGCUUCUGGGUUGACCCUCGACGAAGCCUGCAAGAUUCUCAAUGUCAAACCCCCACAGGGUGGUGAGGCCAACCUGGAGCAGGUGAUGGAGCGCUUCAAGAAAUUGUUCGACAUGAACGAUCCUCAGAAGGGCGGAAGCUUUUACCUCCAGAGCAAGAUUCUUCGUGCCCGUGAGCGGUUAGAGAUGGAGGUCCGACAAGCAGAGCGCCAUGCCGCCCAGGAGAAGGAACUGCAGGAGGGAUGGAAGCCGAAGGUGUAUAAGGAUCGGUGA